UCCGGCCUCAGAUAUAGAAUGACGUCUAAGAUUGAAAGAUACAUGCGUUUUGGGAAAGCCACCCACUCUGGAAAAUAUUAUAUCAAAGCCUACGCAUGUCGUGACUCCACCCAGUGAUAAAAAUAGAUAUACGUCGUUGUAGACCCGUAUCAAAAUUGGUUAUAUAUUCAAGGUUCGCGACGACACUGCAGCAAUUUGACAUUUCGGGAGAUUAGGGUUGCGAGUCACGGGAAUCUUCGUGUGGCGUUUCCCUGUGUCCGCGUUGACAACACAAAACGGAGAACUGCUUACUUCAUCACCACAAACACUGGAACUCGUUUGAAGGCAACACUGAAUAUUUUCGCGCGAGUUCCAUGGCCAGUAGUUAGCCAGGCGACAUUUAACCUAAAGGACAGCUCAUUUUCAAAAAUAUUUUCCUCAUCGUUUCUCGAACUAAAGCGGACAAUUAUUACAAAUUCCCGAGGUCGUCGACUCUAUUUUCCACCAGAGUGUGAGAAUCACUUCAAGCAGACGUGAUCGGAACAGACGACCGUUCUGAUCGCAGACGACAAUUAUGGAUCCAGAAGAGAAGGUUGAAGCCUUUGCGGCGAUAUUAUACGCCGAACCUGGCACCCUUGGUUUGAUUGCAAAUAUUAUGUCAGCUUUGAUCGUUGCAGUAGAAAACAUGCUUGACGGUCCAUUCUCACAGCCCGCAAUGACUCUCGCAGGGGCGCACCUGAUUGUGAUGGGAGGGUUUCUGCAGCUGGUAGCAUCUCUUCUCUGCUUCCGGCGUAACGACCAUUUGACCGGAACAGCUUUCGCCGUGUUCGCCGCCUUGUGGACAGUGAUGGGCAUCAACCACAUCCUAGCCCCAGUCAUGGGGGCCGAGAUCCUGAGGGUGGGGAUCCUCCCCGGUAUGAUAGGCUUCAUGACCGUGGCAGUCAUUCUGUCUCUCUGCGCCAUCACCGUCAACUACAUCAUGCCCCCUGUCCUCUUUGCUAUCAUGUUGACUCUCAUUUUCGAAGGUGUUGGGGCCUUCUUCGACUGGGGAAGAAGAGUCGCCGCAGCGUUCGAACUCUUCAUCGUCAUCACCAGUGUCUACGCCUCGGUUGUCAUGGCACUGAAAGGGGUGAGUCAGAGAUACAUCCUGCCCGGCCUUGGAAACGCCAUCUUCGACCCACUUCUUAUCCGAGUCAAGGAAAACCCCAACACUACCAAUGAAGCUAGGAAGAACACCAAGUACGGUGAACCCUACGGCCUCGGCUACAUGGGCAACGUGGUGCCUGCGGCGACGUUGGUUUUCCAUCAUCUGGGAUACUUCUCCGACUUCCGGGCCGCCAUGCCUAUGUUCGUCUACUGCUUCUACUGCCACCUCCUCGCCAGCUACUACGCGUUCCUCAGACACGACUUCUUCCACGCCGUCGAGUUCGCCAUCUACUUCCUGUUCUGGUUGUCAAGGGGAGCGGUCCAGCUUCUCAUUUCCCUCAACUUCCCCGGCAUCGACGACUUCAGGGUGAACUUUUUCGGUCAGUGGGGUCUCAUCGCGAUCGCCCUGUUCCUCCUCCUCUUGUCCGCUGCCCGUAAUAAGGUCGUCUUCUUGUACAACUUCCUGUUUCUCUGCGUGGUGGUACUCUCCGUCGACCACAUCCCUCAUCGGGCCCACAACUUCUCCUUCGGGGUUUCGGGGGCGAUCUUCGCCAUCGUGUCCCUGUAUGUGUCCAUGGCACAUCUGGAGAACUCCAUCGCGGAGAAGUCUGUCAUGUGGAUUGGGGAAGAGGUUGUCCAUGCAGACAAGCUGAAGAAGGCUUUAAUCGGAAUAUUCAAGGGAAUGGGUGGCGGCAAGGGAGACAACAGCUGGUACAGAGACGAAGACAAGGUCGACAUGAAGAUAGUCGACACUCUCGCGCUCAUCGCCAACAGCGUCGCCUUGGCGUGCCUGGCCCCCCUUGAGGGCCAGAGAGGGGGGACCCUGGCCCUCCCCUGGAUGGUGGUGGCUGGGAUCCUGCUCAACCUGUACGCAGUCCGACUCUCCUUCACCGCGGGGAGUCUAGCGAAGGCCUACUACAUCCUCGUUCUGGCUGGCUUCUGGGCUGUAUGGAGCGCUCUGCUUAUUGAUAACACCCAGGCAUUCCCCCUGCGUUCUGCUGCUGUGGGGAUUCUGGUCCUGCAUACAAUCGGGAUGUUUGUGACGCCGGUGUUCACCCGGGUGUGGAUCCCCUUUUCCAUGUUCAUGGAGCUGUGCAGUAUCGCACUCGUCGUCCGCUGCUUCAACACCAACCCCACCUGGAUGAUCCUCGUCACAGCCGUUCUUGCUUGUGCCGUGUGUCUCUAUGGAGCUAUUGCUGAGUUGGUAAACGGCGUGUUGAUGGACGUGGUCAUCCCUGUCGGUCAUCCAGUUUUUGAGGAGAAGUACGUUGACCCCUACGAAAACCCCCCGUGUCCCCUCUUCCCCUCACGUCGAUCGUCCGCCCUCCGGAAGGUAGCCAAGGUCUUGGACAACGCCGGCGUCAUCGGCACCCCAACAGACACCGUCUACGCCAUCGCAGCCUCCUGCAAACACCCCGAGUCCAUUCAGCGCAUCUACACCGUCAAGGAACGCCCCCCAGAGAAGCCCAUCUGCCUCUGUCUCGCCAACCUGGAUCAGUUGAAAGCAGCCACCCCCGACUUCAGCCCGCUACUAUGGAACUUCAUGGAAAGAUGCUACCCAGGUGGUAUCAGUUGUGUUGUACCCAAAGGACAAUGGAUGUACAAUCUUGGGGUCGGGGAUGCCUAUGAUCUUGUUGGUACCAAGGACAGCAUUUGCAUCCGGGUACCUGACAGUUGUGUCCUUGCUUACCUGGUAUCCUGGUCUGGACCUAUUGCUCUCACUUCCGGUAACCCCAGCGGUGGCGCCGACAGCACUCAUCACAGUAUGCUUAUUGGGUCUUUGGGCCAGAAACUAGAUGCUGUUAUAUGUGAUGGUGAAUCUCGGGAACUUGUGGCGUCCACAGUGGUCAAUUGUAUGAAAAUAGAUCAAGGGGAUAUUAGCUACUUCCGUAUCGGGUGCACACCGAAAGAAAUUGUGGACCAACAUUUCGAAGACGCCAAAGCCGCUAUGACAGAAAAGAACACAGUGGUUACUUUGGGGUCCGCUGACCUAAAGAAAUGACCAGAGCGUUAGCCCUUGUGGAUGUGAUAAAGACCAACUUAAACCAACUAGAUGACAGUUUUAUGUUUGUGUUGAUGAGUAUUCUAUCAACGCUCACUGUCGUUGGCGAUACUUGCGAAUGGCAUCCUGGAUAUGCAUUCUGAUGUUCCCUGAACACGGUGCAACGACAACACCAACAUUACACGAAAUAUACCCUCAUGAAACAUUCAGUAGUUAAGGGUUAUUGAUAGUCAUGCAUAUCCAUUGUGAUAAAUCAUCGUCGUUCAACUUUACCUCUGAUAUUGUAUUCAAAUAAUGCAAAGCUGUUGUAUCAACCACACUCAUUUAUUUAUUUAUUCAAUCAUUGAUGAAUGUCAGUUCUAUGAAAGUACAAACCUACACCGAUUAUAAACAUUUAUAUAUACCCCCCGUGGCUAUUCUUAAGGGUAUAGGGCAGGGGUGGCCCACUAGUCUAAGACGCUGCAAUUACCUGUGCAGAGUUGCGUGCCUUAGCCUGCCAGAAACCUAUGAUCGUGGGUUCGAAUCCCAGAUUCGCUAUGACCAUGUUCUUGGUUUGUCAGCACCGAACCUGUCCUUUAGGGUUUUACCAGAAAUGUAAAGAUCUAAGACAUACAUAAAUUUGGGCUUUCGCCCACUUCAAGCUCAAACGCCGUGACAUAACUGAAAUAGUGUUCAAAGCGGCGUUAAACCACACUCACUCACUUUCGGGGUCAAUCCUUCAUGGCUAACUUGCUGAAAUAAGUAUUUCAUCACACGUAUAAUGAGGAAUUCAGCAAAGACAUCAGGAAUUUGAAAAUACACGAAAUUCAUUAAUAGUAUAUCAUAAUAUUACUUUCUCUUACCCAACAUUAUCAAUAAAAAAUACAGAUUAUUACGGAUGUAAUAUUAUACCUAGUGCCAAUGUAUUAUAUAGCUGUGUUCAUACGCUAGUUCAGGGCCGUUUGUUAUGUAGAUGACGUCAUAGGUACGAGUGCACGUGCUGCAGAUAUGUUUAGCUUUAUGUUAAUGAAGGAUGUUGUGGAACACGUUACGAAGAAGAGUCAGUCAUCAGAAUUCUGCACAUUCGUCUUUAUACCCUCACAAACUUUCAUACUUUUAGAACUGAUUGCUAUUGUUUACAUGUAUAUUGUUUUUUACCUUUGUACAUAUUAUAUUUUGAAAAUAAAUUCAUGUCCGAUU